AAUUUCCAAUCCCGAUGUGGACGACUUUACUGCAAUAGUCGAUCCUCCGCGUACGUGCAUUCUUGCAAUAGGAGGCGUAACCAGACGGACUGCGACGGAUGACAUUGAUGACUUGUCACACAAGUCUUCACAUGUCGAAUCGCAAAAUAGCUCUUCCAUAGACAUUAUUGAUUACCUCACAGGAACUUUACCGAAAGCACCCCAGGUGAUAAAGUCUGUUGAAUCAGAAAACGUAAAGGCGUCUCAAAUUGUUAGCGCAAAGCUUAGCAUCGAUGAGCGUGUGAUAGAUACUACAACCGGGUCAAAGUUUUUGGAACGGAUUUCAUAUUAUAUCCAAAAUCCCCAAAAAAUGAUUACUUAA